AUGACAGAGAAACAUAUCCGUGAAUAUCAACGGGCUCAAUGCAUUGCAUUGAGAAGAGCUGGUAUGUCAUAUCGUGCCAUUGCUGAAGAUGUUGGUGUUUCGCGGGCUUCAGUACAACGUUCUUUGGAACGAUAUGAUGAAACAGGCGGUUUUCAAGAUCGUUCUCGGUCCGGCAGACCGAAAAAACUCAAUGAUCGUAAUAUUCGUAUGCUAAAACAUUUGGUUCAAGAUGAUGCUAAUCGAAGUUCAUCAAGGGAAUUAAUGCUUAAAUUGAACGAAUCGUUAGGAAAAUCAGUCUACAGAAGAACGGUUAUAAAUUAUUUACAAAAAUUCGGAUAUGAAUAUAAAGUUAAAAUUGAAAAACCGUAUCUCAGUAAACAACAUCGAAAUGCUCGAUUACAAUGGUGUUUAGAACACUCGAAUUGGACUGUUGAUGAUUGGAAGAAGGUUCUAUUCAGUGACGAGUCGACUUUUUAUGUUGUUAAACGUUGUAUGGCUGUUGCUGCGACUGGUGGUGGAGGUCGUGCUGGGUUUUGGGGUGUUAUCACAUGGAAAGGAGCGGGUUCUUUUAGGAUUUAUACUGAAAAUACGAAUAGUGAAGUCUAUUGCAACAUCUUAGACAAUUAUUUAGUUCCAACUGUCCAAAUGUACGGUUUCGAAAAUGAUUUUAUGCUUCAACAUGAUAAUGCAGUACUCCAAUGGCCAGCGAAAUCGCCGGAUCUCAACCCCGUGGAACAAUUGUGGUCGUUUAUCGAUAACAAAUUGAAAUCGAGACGAAUGUCUUCGAUUAAAGAAUUAAUCGAUGGUCUAUCUGCCGAAUGGUUGAAUAUAACACCAGAGUUGUGUGAAAAAAUUGUAUUUUCAAUGCCACAACGGAUACAGAAUUGUAUUAAAUUUCCGAUUUUUGUACGUGGUAUUCAAGUUUGGGCUUAG